AUGCCCCCCAAAAGUAAUCACUACUCUACAGUGUCGCACUCAGAUACCUAUGAUGAUUCCACUACUGAAGUCGACGAGUCACUCAUGGGCGAUGACAAGCAAUGGCACUCAAUAGACCUGAACGCGCAAGGGAAACAGACAGGAAGCACUUGGAAUGAAGUCAAAGUUCUCUUGAAGAGAUAUCGCUGGCUUAUCGACACACUUCUCCUCCUUACGAAUAUUGGUCUCUCGCUAGGACUGUCAUUACUGUUGUACUACCAAUUUGAAGACGCCAAGUUUCCGUCGCGAAUGACACAAAUUGGCGGCGAUUACACAGGCGCUGGCCCUCAAUUUCCGAUCGAGAUCAAGAAAUUUGAUGCCGACCAUGCCGUGGUGCCUCCCAACGCAACUGAAUUUCUUUCCGAAGCUACGCUCAACCAAUGGCGAUCGCUUUUGCCUGCUGGUGCCGGUUGGAAAUCUGAGGACGACGGUCCUUUCUUCACCACUACUAUGACCCAUCAAUUGCAUUGCAUUUUCAUGAUGGGACGCAUCUACUCCGGGAUAGUCGCCAACAAGACUGAUAUGUCUAGGACCGAGGCUGAUAUCCAUUUCUAUCACUGCAUUGACUAUCUGAGACAAGCAGCCAUGUGCUCAGCGGACCUGGCACUUGAACCACAUUUGAUUACGGACGCGGACGACAACGGGCCUGGAGAUGGCAGUUGGAACGGCAUGCAUGGUAGGCAAUUCGUCCCCUCUCGACAUACUGUAGGCACUUCUAAGCCAAUGUUUGUCAAUUUCAAAGAGCGAGAUCUAACGGACGUACUUCCAGUCUGCAAGAAUCACAAUCAAGUGAUCAAAUACGUAGAUCGACAAAUCCAGGAAGGAGUUCGUGUAGUUCUACCAAUAGAUGACUGA